AACCGAGUCUAUUACAUAAAAUACUUGCGUGAGUGACUUCUUACAGGUGGAUUGUGUUUUAUGCAACAUAAAGCCAUCAAAGAAGAGACGGGCGGCAGAGACAUGGAUGGUGAGAUAAAAAGCUUGAUCAAGGUAUGGAUCUCAGCUAUCAGCUCUAUCUGUUAUUGUUAUUUCUUUGUAGUCCGCCUCCCGGUAGGUCUUUUCAGGCUCCUCUUUCUUCUUCCCAUGUUUUACCUCUUCAUCAUCCUCCCCUUGAACCUCUCCUCCGCCCAUCUUGUUGGGACCACAGCCUUUUACCUUGCUUGGCUUGCCAACUUCAAGUUUAUCCUCUUCUCCUUCGGCCAUGGCCCUUUAUCAUUCCCAUCACACCCCCCAAAAUCUGUCCUCCGCUUCAUUUCUAUUGCUUGUCUUCCUAUUAAGAUCAAGACUGUCCCAUCUCCAAAAUCACAUUCAGUGUCUGAAAACAGCACGGACCCCUUAUCAGAAAUUGUGAUGAAAUUGCCUAGGCCACUUCUAUUGGCUAUAAAAGCAUUGCUUUUUGCUAUCCUGAUUAGGAUCUACAACUAUAAACGCCAUCUGCAUCCAAACGUGGUCUUAUUCCUCUACUGCUGCCACAUGUACCUGGCCUUAGAAAUUGUUCAAGCCAUGGCCGCAAUCCCAGCCCGUGCCAUACCAGGCUUUGAGCUGGAGCCACAAUUCAAUGAACCCUAUCUGACCACCUCUCUGCAAGACUUCUGGGGUCGUAGGUGGAACCUCUCGGUCACCAACAUUCUACGGCCGACUGUAUACGACCCAGUGAGAAGUAUUUGUACGCGUAUUUUAGGGAAGAAGUGGGCCCCGGUGCCAGGAGUGCUUGCGGCAUUUUUGGUGUCGGGUCUCAUGCAUGAGUCAUUGUACUACUAUAUAACGCGUGUGAGCCCCACGUGGGAGGUCACCGGCUUCUUUGUUCUUCAAGGCUUGUGUACCGUCUCCGAGGUAGUGGUGAAGAAGGCAUUGGGUGGUAGGUGGCGGCUGCAUCGGGCAGUUUCCGGGCCGCUGACGAUUGGAUUUGUGUGUGUGACGGCUGCCUGGCUGUUCUUCCCACAACUGUUGAGAAAUCACAUAGAUGAGAGGGCCAUAAGGGAGUACUCAAUUUUGGUUGAUUUUGUGAAGCAGAAAUUCUUAACACUUCCACCACCUUUCAUGGCUCAUCCCUGACCCUUCUGCUUUUCUCUUAUGCAGAUAAUAAUCAUCUCUGGGCCAACUUUUCUUUCACAUGCCUUUGUUUUCCUUUGUUUUUGCCAUAUGAUACGUUGGUCAACUUUCCUUUUUGUCGCAUUUUUCAAUGUCAUGUGGCCGCCCAACUCGCAUUAUUUUUGUAAUAAAUAGAUUUAAUGAA